AGAGCGCAGCAAUCUCUAUAAGUUCAGAAGCCCGACAACACUCGACAAUUUAGUCGGUCAACAAAUAAGAGCUGCGCAGCCAUGACGCGGUGUUUGGCGGUGUUUACGCUAUACCUCAGUGCAGUGUUUGCUGCUCCAAGUUUGGACCCUCAGCUAGACGACCAUUGGCAUCUAUGGAAGAGCUGGCACAGUAAAAACUUCCACGAGAAGGAAGAAGGCUGGAGGCGAAUGGUUUGGGAGAAGAACUUGAAAAAGAUUGAAAUGCACAACCUUGAACACUCCAUGGGCAAACACUCUUUCCGUAUGGGAAUGAACCAUUUCGGUGACAUGACGAAUGAGGAGUUCAGGCAGCUUAUGAAUGGCUACAAACACAAGACUGAGAGGAAGUACAAGGGAUCUUUGUUCCUUGAGCCCAACUUCCUUGAGGCCCCAAAACAAGUGGACUGGAGGGAGAAGGGCUACGUCACUCCAGUCAAGGAUCAGGGCCAGUGUGGCUCUUGCUGGGCCUUCAGUACCACUGGUGCCAUGGAGGGCCAGCACUUCAGGAAGACUGGCAAACUGGUGUCCCUGAGCGAGCAGAACCUGGUGGACUGCUCCCGACCCGAGGGUAACCAGGGCUGCAACGGCGGCCUCAUGGACCAGGCCUUCCAGUACAUUCUGGACAACAAUGGCCUGGACUCAGAGGAGUCUUACCCAUACCUGGGAACAGAUGAUCAGCCUUGCCACUAUGAUCCUCAGUACAAUUCGGCUAAUGACACUGGCUUCGUGGACAUUCCCAGCGGGAAGGAGCAUGCCCUGAUGAAGGCUGUUGCUGCAGUGGGGCCGGUGUCUGUGGCCAUCGAUGCUGGUCACGAGUCCUUCCAGUUCUACCAAUCUGGAAUCUACUAUGAGAAAGACUGCAGCAGUGAGGAGCUGGACCAUGGUGUUCUGGUAGUGGGCUAUGGUUAUGAGGGCAAGGACGUAGAUGGGAAGAAGUACUGGAUUGUCAAAAAUAGCUGGAGUGAGAAAUGGGGAGACAAAGGAUACAUCUACAUGGCCAAGGACAGGAAGAACCACUGUGGCAUCGCAACUGCUGCAAGCUAUCCUCUAGUGUAGUGCCCUGGAUGCAUCCGGUUGUGAAGCUGUGUGAAUGUUUCAAAAGGGUUGCGACUACACUGUAGCCUUAACGAGCCCUGGGUACAAGCAGAACCGGUCAUGAUUUGCGUGGCUUAAUGAAACACUGUUUUAGGGAAUUUAUGAAAUUAUGCUUUUUUUAGUGGAUUUUUUUUUUUUUUUUUAAACUUUUAGAUUUUAACAGGGGGCCUUGUAAAUAUUGGUCGCAGUAAAUGCUACUCCAGUCUUUUUAAAUGUGAAUGACACUUUGCGUUUUUAAGUGCAGUGUAUAAAUACAAAUGUUUGUUUUAUAUACGUGAUUGAUUGAACCUUUUAAAAUAGUUCUCCUUAUUGAAGUAGGCCCCUGAAGUGGCGGAGGUUCUCCUUUCCAUUCCAUUUCCUGUUGGUAUUACAGUUGGGUGGUAGGGGUGCGUUGCCUUUGCACACCCCUUUUGUGCACCCAUUUUAAAGUCAUCACAAGCAGCCUGAUGGCCAGUUUUAAUGUCACCAUGGAUGUGUUAAAGCCUGCUCCUGUAAGCUUACUGGAAUUGUCUGUGUGCUCAUAAAUAUGGUGUGUAACCCCUCAGUGCGGAGACCGUAAUGUGGGAAGGGCCGAUUGCAUUGCACUUGAACUGUGAUGCAGCGAAUCGCCACUUCCUGUUGAAUGUAGUGCACUCACUGUUGGUUUCCCAGGAAAUGAUUCAUGCAAAUAAAAAUGAGCUGUACAAACAAGGAA